GCGUAUGGCUCAGAACAAGAAUAGGAGUCACGACAGAGAAUGAUCAAACAUAUUUUCUUAACCGGAACCCCCGGUGUAGGGAAAACCACACUUGUCCAGAAAGUGUGUGAGGCAAUGAUUUCGGCUGGUGUGACCAUCAACGGCUUUUACACAGAGGAAGUGAGAGAAGGAGGGAGAAGAGUGGGCUUUGAUGUUGUCACAGUAAAAGGGGAGAGAGCACAUCUAUCCAGAGUCGGAAACCCAUCAGGUGCUUCUGGUGGAAGGCGUGAAUACAGGGUUGGGCAAUAUGUUGUUGAUCUUCCAUCAUUUGAGAACCUCGCCCUUCCCCUCUUCAGAAAUGUUGGUGGUGGAGUUUUUGUCAUUGAUGAGAUUGGGAAGAUGGAGCUCUUUAGUCAAGCCUUCAUACGUGCCGUGAGACAGACUCUAGACAGCUCCUCCUGUUCCAUCCUAGGCACCAUCCCUAUCCCAAAAGGCAAACCUCUAGGCCUGGUGGAGGAGGUCAGAGGAAGAAAGGAUGUGAAAGUCUUUAUGGUGACUAAGGAGAACAGAGACACAAUAUUUGAAGACAUUCUGGGGGCAUUGAAAGAAUGUGUGAAACAAACAGCAUAGUGGAGACAGACUGUUAAAUGCUGAGCUUUUUCCUCAGCCAAACUGUUUCUGAUUUAGUUCAAGAAGAAGAU